UUACAUGAACCAGGAAGUGAGCUGCUCCUGUGCUAGCGGUGUGAAUGGGUCGUUGGAUGUACGAGCUUUAUUCCCGGAGACCGGAGCGUGAUUGAACCGCGGUGAUUGAACACGUUAUAAAUAGAGAUGUCUCCUGAUGAGCUGGUGUAUUUGGGAAUUCUUGCUGCUUCCAUUCCCAUUGGAUUCCUCUUCCGUUACCUCAGUCCUCCUGUGAAGCAGGGGGCAGCUCUUCUUCUGGGCCUCUCUAUCACCAUCACUACCUGUCACAUUCACACACUCCACUCUCUGGUGACGGUGAUUGGAACAUGGAUUAUUAUAAAGAGCAGCUGGCGGCAUGCCCCAGCACUGAGCCUCAGCUGGACCUUUCUCUACCUCCUCUUCUUCCGGAUGGUCACUUGGUUCGGGCUGCCACCACCGACGCCUUUUGCCAAUGCUGUCCAGCUACUCCUCACUCUCAAGAUGGUGAGUCUAGCCAAUGAGGUGCAAAGCUUCCACAUAGAGAAGAAAAAGGAAGUGAGCUCUUUUGCCAAGUCUCCUGUCAUUGGAGGUCUGUCUCAGGAGCCCUCUCUCUACGACAUUCUGUCCUAUAGCUACUGUUAUGUCGGUAUAAUGACCGGUCCGUUCUUCCGCUUCCAAACGUACUUUGACUGGCUGAGGCAGCCGAGCCCUCAGGCCCUGCCUGCCUGGGAGCCGUGCCUGCAGCGUCUAAAGCUGGUUCCCGUCUAUGGCGCUCUUUUCCUGGGCGUCAACUCCAUCUUUCCACUGGCCUACGUUCGCACAGAGGAGUUCCUGGAUGAAAACUUUUUCUUUCGGUUGUUCUACAUGAUAGCAGUAUUCUUCGUGUUCAGGAUGCGUUUCUAUGCAGCGUGGUGUGGAGCUGAGGCGGGUUGUAUCAGUGCCGGUCUGGGCUGCUAUCCAGAAAAGGCACAGUCCAAACCCGGAGGAGGACCCACUGUCACCUACAGUCCCGACCCCACCGCUGAGGAGAAAUAUGACUUCAAAACCAUCCAGAACAUUGAUUGCUACAAUACCGACUUCUGUGUGAAGGUCCGUCAUGGCAUGCGUUACUGGAACAUGACGGUGCAGUGGUGGCUGCAUCACUACAUCUACCCCAAUUCCCCCUUCAAAGCCUACACUCUCAGGGCUGGCUGGACCAUGUUCAUCAGUGCCUACUGGCACGGACUACAUGCCGGCUACUACCUCUCCUUCCUCACCAUCCCACUGUGCAUCGCAGCCGAGUCCGCCAUGGAGGCCUCUGUCCGAGCUAAACUGGGUCCCCGGGGACAGAACAUCUUCGACUGGGUUCACUGGUUCUUGAAGAUGAGGGCCUACGACUACAUGUGCAUGGGCUUCGUGCUGCUGAAGGCCUCUGACACCAUCAACUACUGGACGUCCAUCUACUUUAUCAUGCACAUCAUCGCCGUUUGCUGCAUAGUAGUCGGCAGGGCCCUGAAGGGAGGGAAAAGGGAAGGUAGGAGAGGGGACAAGGAGGAGAAAAGAGAGGGAGAGAGAGUAGAAAAUGUGAAAGAGAAAACCGGAGAAAAAACAGACUGAAUUGGAGGUACAGAAAAGAACUGGUUGGAUACUUUUUUGAAACAUGAGGGGGAGUUACUUCAAGAACAUAAUUUUCAGCAUUGAUCGCACCAACUCUCUCUCUCUCUCUCUCUCUCUCUCUCUCUCUCUCUUUCUCUCUUUCUAGCAACAGGUCCAAUUAGAUUUCUUUUUGGGGAAAAUGUAAAAGUGCAACUAGAUUUUUAUUAAAAAUGCAGUAAAUCAGAUGAAAGACAUGUAAAAUACCAUUUAAAAAGGUUACCACUGGAGACGUUGCUGUGUGUACUGUGAACACUGGGAGAGGAAUAUUUGAGCUCAAUGAAUGUUACUUUUAUAGUGUGAGUGGCAACUGGGGUGUAAAUAGGUAAUUCACUUCCCUCAUCUGUGCGUCUGUAUAGUACGUGUGCUUUCAAUUUCAAGACACCAUGCCCAGUUUAAGUGAACUGCAUUUACUGGUCGGAAUGAGGUUGUUGAAAUGUCAACGUCCUUCUUUUUGUAGGGUGAGUCAAACAAUAACCCCUCCUGAUCUUUUAAAUAAUUAAAAGAGAAGCAAAUUGAAUGUGAUUAAAUUGGCACAGUUUCCAUAAGCAACAAAACAUUCCAGCACUAUUAUGUUACUGUACAGUUCGAUUCAACUGGAGUACAGAAUGAAUAGAUUGUGAUGGAAAAAACAUUAUGAUGGUAUCGUCAUUAGGGCUCAGCUGUCACAUGUGUGAUGAUACCAGUCAGAUUUCUCUGUGUGUGAGUGUGUGUGUGUGAGUGAGAGAGCAUUAUCAAAGUUUUCCAGUUGAUUAAUUUUACAGAACUAAUUAACAUUGCUGCCAUUUGGCAUCUUAAAACUGCACCUUGACUGUUUUUGACCACAUUAAACAGUAAGUAGAAAUAUGUUUGUGUGAUAGUUAAAUACAUUAAGUUGCAAUGUAAAAGUAGAAUUUGUUAUUUGUGAACAUAAUUUCACUUUAAGCAGAGAAGUACAAGCAUCAUGGUGCACGUUAAAAUUCAAACUGGUUUACGUUUAAAGGAGCAAAAGAAAGUCCUGACAACAUUCGUAUUGCAGCAUAAUUACAUUCUUCAGUGUUUUAGGAUUAGUUUUAAGUAACCUCAAAUAUUUUCAGCAUUAUAACUUUUCCCAUUUUAUGUGCUCAACAUUUUUGUGUUUACUUCCCUGAUCCAGUGAAUCCAAAAUGCUUUUCUCUGUUUGGAGUGGUUUUUUUUGUUUCCUCACUGUUGUUUGCCUGCCUGUAAGCGAUUCAGAUCAUAUCCAGAAUAUUAUGCACUGACGUCUCUAUAGCAGUGUUGCAUUCAGUGAAGAGUGCGCCAUGUGAAAGAUUUCACUGCCAACAUGUCUGUACUGCCAUCAUGGACCAUUCAGGGUUGGGACCAAACAUUUGUUACAAAAGGUUUCACAUCGUAACUACAAGCUGCCAACAUACAGCGUGAAUAACUGCACAGCUAGCGCUGGGAGAUAGGGUUGAAAUCGUGCAUGCAAAAGUGAUGCAUGCAACAUCAUUUACACAAUAAUCAAAGUGAUGUUUAAUAAACUGCAGUACAUGUGACUAAACAUUUAUAUUGUCAGCAGACAUUUCUGGGAUGAUCUCAUUUUGUGAUAAUAUCUAUCACCCAGCCCUAACCUCAGUACACUGUGUAUUAGUUGAAUAACAGAGAGUUCCUUCACUCAUUCCUGUCUCAAACUGUGAUAACUGUACUGAAUCUGUUUUAUAUGAGCAUGACUGACAGCAGAAUUGAAAGCUCUUAUCUCCCGAUGUGUUUUGUUCUCCAAAUGUUACUAGAUAAUUUGGGUCACAAAUUGAUUUUGUGUUAUGCUUCUGCCUUUUACCCUCUCUGUGCCAAACCUCAACCCUUGUUAUAAAAUGGGUCCCUUUGUUUUUAUUAUUACACGGUGAAGGUUGUGAUGGUUUUAGACCUUCUGUUGACUGCUCGUCUUCAGACUAUUUAUUUUUCAGCCUUUUUUUGUCCGUUUGGGGUUGUCCUUGGCUUCACAUACUGUACCGACUGUAACACUCCCUGCUUUGUAAAAGUGUUACUUGUGGAAUACAUAUCAACAUUUCCUCA